CAAUAUUGCAAGCAGUAGUAGAGGCAGAGUCGUGGGACCCCAACAGAGCAACAGCAUAAUACACAUGUUCUACUCUAUUACGUUUUGUCUGCACAUAUGCACGCACUCGUAUGCAUUCACGCUUAAACAUAUGCGUGUCCAUCUCCCUCUUUCUCUUCCCCCUUCCUACCAUGUGUGCACAUUCCAAACACUCAUGACCAGUCCCCUGACUUAUUUUUUAUAGAUUUCACUGACACAGAGAUGACCGGAAGCAAACAUGUCACGGAGCACGGAGGCAGCGAAUCGAGUCGCCGAGCAUCGUCUGCAUCAUCCUCAUCAACUGCACCAUCGCACCGUCGACAGUCCAUUUCGACAACCUUCUCUUUGGCGCCUAUGACAACGACAACAGUUGUCACCACGACCACAACAACCUCGACCGAAUACCCUCCACUCUACUUCAAACCGCCUCCUAUACCCGCUCAUCUGGAUCCCAAGAUCUUUCCCCUUGCAGAUACCCCCACACCGCCUGCCCUGAAGAAGUUUUGCUUUGACCUCAAUGGGCAGCCGACCUUUUUCAGAGAGAAUCAGGAGAAUGAACAGACCAUGGGUCAGCUCGAAGACGCACUAUUCAAUCUCAGCGCCUCUGCACAUCAAAGAGCUCUGAAAACUGCUUCAGAACAUAGUUCGCACAGAAAAUCCCAUGGAAGCCGGACAUCGGAGGUUCAUGAUCAAGACAACUUCUCUGUGAUCCAAAAAGUCGUCCAUGGCAACGGACACGACCAAUCGACCACAACGACCAUCACACGACAAUCCGUUGAACAUCCCCAGCGUGGGUUGGCCCCUCAUGUCGCUUGGCGCUCUCGUGAGGGCUGUCGUGCCAAGAAGCGCCCCGCAUCACCCAUCACGCCUGUGGGCUCUGUUGAUGUGUCAAUGCCCCAAUCCUCAUCUUCAAUGCCCUCUCAACCUAGCCAUGCAUCUGUUCAUUCUGCCCAAAAGAGUGCUGAACACGCUGACGCCUCGUUCCUCGACCGAUCUUCGCCUCCACACAAGAAAUCGAAACGGCCGUGGGCAAAUGCAGCUUCCCAUACCUUCAACAGCGAUGCUCCAGAAGCCGCAGCAGGAGCUUCAUCAUCCAAAAAAAUGUCGUCCUCAGCUUCCGCUCCCUCUUUGGCUGAAUUUGCCACUCCAGCAUUGCCGCAUCGCUCCAGCAUUGCAGAUCGUGCCAGGGAACACCAUGCUCAGGCCACUCGAUUGACUGGAAUCGUCGACCCAUCCAGCCUUCCCUCGCCUUCUCUUUCGCCGACAGCUACUACGCAGGGAUUGUCGAUUGCCUCGAGCUCCUCGGGUACAUCAGAUGGAAUGAUCACACGAAGACGAUUCAAGACAGCACCGACCACGUUUCAUCAUGAUCAUGGGGACGCUGAUCAAAGCACAGGCGCUGGAGAUAUUCUGGCGGGCGAGGAAGAAGAGUAUAUGAGUGAUGAGGACGAAAAUCGACAGGAAGAGAUGGAGAUUGAACGGUCACUUCAGCAAGCAGGCGUUCGCCAUACCCCAACGCUACUAGAUCUUCCAAAUCUAAUCGCAACUUUUGAUGCUCUGCCCUCCAGCCUUCAGUCAUAUAUGCUUUUCCACCUCCUCCGACGCAGCCCUGCCCCGACUCUGCAGUUUGUCAGCUCUGUGAUUCUGGCAACCAUGAAGCAAGACUUUUUGGCACUUUUGCCUGUAGAACUGAGCCGCAACAUCCUUCGCUUCUUGGAUGGGCGUAGUCUCUGCAAGGCUGCCCAGGUCAGCAAGCAAUGGAGGGUCGUCGUAGACUCGGAUGCUCAUAUCUGGAUGCAUCAGUUCCAAAAGGAGGGGUUUGCUCUCGAAGACCGCGAAGAAGAGGAAGCUUUUACGCAACGGUUGGGAAUCGAUGGUCACUACGGAGUUCGUCCGAGUUAUCAGGAGAGAAAGUUGACGGCCAAGAGACGACUGACUAAGGGCAAGGGACGUCCAGCGCAGGCUGUCAUCCGCCAGGCAGAUUUACCCGAAUCUCCACUCUACCCUAACGAUGUGACGAUGCUCGGUGAAGAUGAGGUGGAGAAUCCGAUGGAAUCGAUCACAGUCCAUCAUGCAGCAUCAAGCAAGGGCCACGGUUGGGACAGUGAUACAGCCGAGGAGGAUGGCGAUGAAAAGGAGGAGGCUUUCAUGACUCCAGAUGCAGCACCACCGUCACCCACGACCAGCCACACUGGUCGCUUUAAUGAUGCGGACUCUGAGGAUGAGACCAUGGAGCAUGAUUUCGUCGAGGAGCCCUUUGGUCCCAUGUCUCCAUCGACAGCCCAUCCUUACAAGGCCCUGUUCCGUAGACACUGGAUCAUCCGACAGAACUGGACCAAAGGUAGGGCCAAGUACAUCCAGUUCUCCGGACACAGCGACCGCGUGGUGACCUGUCUGCAGUUCGAUUCUGAAAAGAUUAUCUCUGGAUAUGAGGACGAAUCCAUUCACGUCUACGACACCGUCACUGGCAACCGCCUGAAGAAGUUGGAUGGACAUGAAGGUGGCGUCUGGGCCCUCCAAUAUCGUGGUAACACGUUGGUUUCUGGAGCAACGGACAGGACUGUGCGAGUGUGGGAUAUUGAGAAGGGCAUUUGCACGCACACGUUCCGUGGCCAUACGUCGACUGUGCGCUGCCUUCAAAUCGUCAUGCCCGUCAAUGUGAAUAAGGACCCUCACGGCAUCCCCAAAUACGAGCCCGAAUUCCCAGUGAUUGUUACCGGCUCGAGAGACUCGACCUUGUUAGUGUGGCGACUGCCUGACCCGGAACUGAAUGGCCAUAUCCCACCAACGGAUAGCUCAUGGUUGCUGCACACUCUAGUUGGCCAUACGCAGUCUGUCCGUGCUUUGGCAGCAGAAGGCAGCACUCUAGUCUCGGGGUCGUACGACUGCACCGUUCGGGUAUGGAACAUUUGCACAGGAGCGUUGGUGCAUCGCCUUCAAGGCCAUACCCAGAAGGUUUACUCCGUGGUUCUGGAUACAGCACGCAAUCAAUGCAUGAGUGGAAGCAUGGACGCAUUUGUUCGAAUUUGGUCUCUUGAGGACGGCUCCUGUCUUCAUGUUCUUGAAGGCCAUGGAUCUCUCGUGGGGCUGCUGGGUCUGAACGCCAACCAUCUUGUCUCAGCAGCAGCGGACUGCACUGUUCGAAUCUGGGACCCUGCGCGAGGCGUCUGCUUGCGCGUCCUUGCUGCUCACGCUGCAGCGAUCACCUGUUUCCAGCACGAUGGCAACAAGGUGAUCUCAGGCUCGGCCGGCAAUCUGAAGAUGUGGGACUUCAAGUCUGGCAAGUUCAUCCGCAAUUUGCUGACAGGGCUCGGAAGUGUCUGGCAAGUCAAGUUUGAUGAGCGACGCUGUGUUGCUGCCGUACAGCGCGCUGCAGCGAAUGGUGGAAACGGCGCCACUUACUUUGAGGUUCUAGACUAUGGUGUCUACGGGAUUGAAGAGCCAUUGGAGAAUGCCCCGUCUUUGCCUGUUGACGAUGCUCCAGACACAGCAGUACCUCGAGCUGGUCCGGCUGCUGGCAUUGGAGCAGACGCUGCGAAUGCAGCAGCAGCAGCGGGAGCGGGAGCAGGCGGCAAUGGAGUCCCUGCAGCAGCAGCAGUAGCAACAGCGGCACCAGCAGGUCCCGCUGCAGUCCAAUAAGAGGACCCUUGCUCUAUUUCCUUGCACAAUCGACGCUGUCCUUCUUGCUUGUCUCGUUGUGUCCCCAUUUUGCUUGUUUUGUUCUUUUAUUUCCCUGUCGCAUACC